UUGUUCCAACUGUUUUUCCACCGUUCAUUUUUUCAUAGGGGAUUUUUAGAACCACUUCAUAUAAGGUCUGUGUUUCUUAUAGGCUUACCCUGGCUUGAUGUUUUGAUGACCGUGUAAAUCUCUCUCGGACAAGGUCACCUGUAUCAAUAUUUUCACCUUGCAUUUACCCCAUAUAAAUGAAAUGCUAACUAGCCGCUAAUGUGACUAUCAUACAGAACUACACAUCAUGUCUCAAGCUUUGACUUCGUCACCCAAGGCAGUGUUUCAAGGGUUGGAAAAACCUCCACAUUUCUUCAUGCAAACUCACGUCAACAAGUAGCUUGUAACCUACCAAGUCAAGCCAAAUAUAAUAUCAUAGCCUUUUUGUAGUUUCUCGAUUACAUCAUUGAAGUUGUGUACUUAUCAUAUUGAUUGUUGUUCAGAAUUUUUCAAAUUACCUUCCGUAGCAUUUUUUAAACUAGAUUUUUGAAAAUUACCCUGGCCUUUAUAGCUAGCUAGCUAACCUUAGGUAUCUAUGUUGAUCGAAGCAAGGAUGGUUCUGUGCUAUGUACCGGAUUAUAACCACUACUCCGAUAUGGACACGUGCAUUUUAUCGUUUUCCAACCUCUAAGAGCCGUCGCUGGAGCCGUGUGAUAAGCUACGCCGUUUGCUAGCUGCUAACAAACUAUUUUGGAUAAAGAUGGUGAUACAGCAUUGAAAAAGACCCACCACAUCCCUCAGGCCAUCCGGUGCAUGGACAUCUUGUGCCAGUGUGAUCCAGCACGAGAGUCAGUUGUAGAGGCUACAGCCGAUCGAGCAUGUGGACGGACAGAAGACCCAUACUCGAGGUCAUCAUGUCCAACAAGGUGGAAUAUGCCUUCCCUGCAGGAGACGAAAGCGAUGGGAGCAACGACGAGUGGGACAUUGGAUUUUCAAAGUCGAUCAAGGUCCCCUUAAUUGAGAGCACAGAUGCAGGGGUCCCAGAAGCAGAGGAUAAGGUCUCCACUUUGAAAAGAGCCAUCAACACCAAAGAUGUCCAGCUGGUCCAGCAGCUGUUGGACAAUGGCCUGGAUGUGGAGACAAGGCUGGGGUUUGAGUGGACACCACUGAUGUGUGCUGUGCACAUGGCUCACUAUGACAUCGCCAAGCUGCUGCUGGACAGAGGGGCCAGCGCUAACUUCAGCAGAGACCAGUACACUGUACUGAUGGCUGCAUGCACAGCUUCUGCCAGUGAGGACAAGAUUGUCCAGUGUGUGGAGCUGCUCUUGUCCAGAAACGCUGAUCCCAACACAUUCACCAGGUCUCGUAUGACAUCCCUGAUGCUGGCGUCCCGGGACGGCUACAGUCAGGUAAUCAACCUGUUGUUGUCUCACGGGGCAGAGGUCAACUCCCAGGAUGAAAAUGGGUACACGGCCCUGAGUGUGGCGGUGCAGUAUGGAAGAGAAGAGGCCGUCCUCAAGCUGCUCCAGCUGGGGGCAGACAAGACCCUCAAGACCAAAGCAGAGAAGAGUGCUGCCGACUUGGCCAAGGUCUUCAAACAACCACAGAUUGCCAGGAUCCUGGCGUCCCCAGGCAAUGCCCUCAACAAUGGGCAGGUAACCUCCUCGAAGGAGGAGACCCUCUUCAAGUUCUUCAAGAGGGACGCCGAUCUAUCUGCUGACUCCAAGGAGCGUCUGGCCAAACUGUGUGAUAUCGAGCUGCUUCUGCACGGACUCAACCUGGAGUACCUUUCUGACAUAAUGCUAGAAAAUGACAUCACUUGGAGCUACCUGGUAACCAUGGAGAAGGAUGACCUGGAGAAGAUUGGUAUCUCUGACCCAGAGGACCAGCAGAAGGUUCUGAGUGCAGUGAAGGAGAUGCAUCUAGACCGGGUCGACCUGGACACUGUCAACCAGCUGGCGAACAUAGACACCGGAAGUGAGGAGCUGUAUAACUUCCUGAUCAGUCUGAGGCAGCAAUGCUGCUACUUGACAGAGACAGUACAGGACGUCAUUAGCCGCUUCCCCCGCCGAGCUUCUGAGCUGGUGUUGUCCCUGGACCCUAAGAAGGAGGCCCAGGCCAUCUGUAAUGAGCUGGUGGCCCAGACUGGAGACCUGCAGAAAGAGGUCGCCUGCCUCAAGAACCUGCUGCACAAGAUGGACCCAGCAGGAGAUUUCUGCCCACUUCCUCAACCUGGUUCCCACGGCGACUGGAGGAGACGGGUCCUGAAGAGGCUUGCACUGAGCAUGCUUGGCGCAGGCCUGCUGUUUGCCCUGUCCAGAGCAAAGAGUGCCAAGGUUUACCUUUUAGACUGACAGCUCGUUUAUUAUCCAAUUUACUCUUACUUUGGAUACAUUGUCAUAGGUUAUCAAUCAAUUAGCUUAAUUGUCUUAAUUUACAUUUCUGUUUGAGGAAUUAUGCCGAAUGAGAAUAACUCGAAUGCUAAAAAGUUUGGUUUUUGAUUGAGAUUCUUUAUAUUUGUUAUACUUUGUUCUUGUUUUUUAUUGAGUUCUUAAUUGUUUUAAGCAAUUUUCUGGGCUUUUGUAAAAUAAAAACUAUUUCUUUA